GUGCAUGACGUAUGUCCAUGUAACAUAUGAUCUCUUAUUAGUCGUUGUCAGGAGCGUCAGGAGUUUGUUAAUUGUGAGUUGUAUAAAACGCAGAAGAUACCGACAUUGUGUAAGAAUGUUUCGGUCUACAACGUCUAAUUUUGAUAAACUUUUGGAUAAAGCAACAAGUAACCUACGUUUGGAACCUGACUGGCCUGCAAUCCUGCAAAUUUGUGAUCUUAUACGACAGGGUGACGUUCAACCUAAAUAUGCUCUGGCUGCAAUCAAGAAAAAGCUAUACAAUGCAAAUCCACACAUUGCCAUGUUUGGAUUGCAGGUGCUGGAAUCGUGUGUCAAGCACUGUGGGAAUCCGAUACAUGAUGAAAUUGGGACAAAACAGUAUAUGGAGCAGUUGCGUGACCUUGUUAAAUCAACCUCCCAUGAUGAUGUCAAAAACAAGGUGCUCGAGCUGAUUCAGGCAUGGGCUUAUGCUUUCCGCAACAGUCCCAAAUACAGAGCGGUCCAGGACACUGUUAACAUCAUGAAGACUGAAGGCUGUAAGUUUCCAGCACUAAAGGAGAGUGAUGCAAUGUUCUCUGCAGACACAGCACCAGAGUGGGCUGAUGGAGAUGUUUGUCACCGUUGUAGAGUGCAGUUUGGCAUGAUGCAACGUAAGCAUCACUGUCGAGCAUGUGGCCAGGUUUUCUGUGCGCAGUGCUCCUCCAAGACGUCCACACUGCCCAAAUUUGGUAUUGAGAAAGAGGUGCGGGUAUGUGAAGCUUGUUUUGAGGCCUUCAACAAGGCAACACCAGCAACACAGAAAACGGAUGGAGAGUUACCAGCUGAGUAUGUGUCUAGCUCACUUGCACAGCAAAGCCAGAGUCCCCCACGUAAGUCAGAGGAUGAACUCAGAGAGGAGGAGGAGUUGCAGCUGGCACUGGCGUUGUCCAAGUCAGAGGCAGAACACAAGGAAAAAGAGAAAAAACGAACAACAUCCGCCAUGAUGUCUGGUCCCAGCAGUUCAAAUCGUGCCAAGCCCUACUCUCCUCCACCCACAGUUGAGAAUAUCAGUGGCAGUCCUAAUCUACAGCAGGUAGUACCAGAGGAUGAUGUAGACCCAGAACUUGCUCGCUACUUGAACCGUUCAUAUUGGGAGCAGCGUCAAUCAGAAGAGGCACAGCAGCAUGAAAAGCAACUUCAUCAUGUAUCAGAUCGAAAUGGGAGUAGGGUAGACAGUCCGUUGAGCCAGCAGCCUUCUGCACCUAUGUCCUCUACAACUCCUUCAAACAAACUUCAACAUCGUCAUGAAAAUGGGGAGACAGAUACAGAGAUGGAGGAGUUUGUUGCGACCUUGAAGAUGCAAGUUGAAAUCUUUGUCAACCGAAUGAAAUCCAAUUCAAGUAGAGGACGGAGCAUUGCAAAUGACAGCUCUGUCCAGACACUGUUCAUGAAUAUCACAGCAAUGCAUUCACGUCUCUUGAAGCACAUUCAGCAGCAGGAUGACAGCAGAGUUUAUUAUGAGGAACUGCAAGACAAACUGGCACAAGUGAAGGACGCCCGUGCAGCAUUGGAUGCUCUGAGGGAAGAGUAUCGUGAGAAACUGCGCCGCCAGGCUGAGGAAGCAGAGAGGAUCAGACAGAUGCAAAUGGCACACAAGCUGGAGAUUAUGCGCAAGAAAAAACAAGAAUACUUGCAAUAUCAACGCCAGCUUGCGCUUCAAAAAAUACAGGAACAGGAACGAGGCCAUGGGCCAGGAUUUGGGCCUGCAAGUACAGAUGGGUCACCUGUACAUGGAAGUCAGUACACAGCAGUGCCAGGGCCCAAUUCCUUUACUUCAUUACCACCUGCAACUACGAGUGCUGGACUUCCCGCUUACAGAGACUACUCAGGACUGUACUCUGUUCCCAGUGAGUAUAUGUGA